AUGGAGCAGGGGGCCCUGGAGGCCCGAAGUCAAAAUAGAAGUAUCGUUGAAGCAUCAGAAUAUGUACAGCCAGCUCCUCGUGGUAAAGGGGUGUACUUUCUUUCGACUUCAACAAUUGCAGAAGAGGACUCUCCUGUCAUUCUACCGUGGCGAGUAGACUCGAAUCUGUCGAACGGUAAGAGACGCACUUCGACUAAUGAAUGCGAAGCAGCGCUCAUUCCUUGUGAUGACCCGCUAUGGCAUGUAGACAAGGAUUGCAACGAGACUCAAGAACAUUCUUCCCAGGACAUUUCUUCUUUUGCUAAAAGCAUCUAUGACGACUCGUCGCUAUGCGGCCUUUCUUUCAUGCUUGACUCCGAAGGUGAAAGCUACGAGAUAGACGACAACAGCUAUGAGAUUUUACCGGCCGGCUUACCAGAAGUUUCCUUAAACGACGACUCGCCUUCCCACUGGGCGGAACCAGUUGGUUCAAUUUGGAAAAACGAAGUUGCCACCGCGAUGAAUGCUUUCAGGUCGUGCCGCGUGGAUCACGAUGAUAUCGUCACCUUCCGGGAUCGUGAUGAAAUUGAGGUCGCACAAUCAUUUGUUGGCGGAUCGAAGGAAACAGAUCGACUCGAGGAAAUAAAAAAUUGGCGAAACGACUUCAUCGCAACGGAUGAAAUCAACACAUCUUCUUCCGCUGCGGAUUCAAUUACCUUUUGCUUUCGUUUUCCUUGA